AUGCUGACCUCGGGCUUUAAACGCCCAACGAGUAAGGCUACAGUGGUAUACUCAAACGAGAAUCAUGUGUACUAUGCUUCCCUCGGUUGGUUCCCGUUCAUCCCUAGUUACAGACUAUUCAUCCUCUCACAGACUGUCCAUUCCGUCACCCACGCUCACAUUUUCUCGCCCUCCUUCUCGCCCUCCCUCUCACCCUCCUUCUCGCCCUCCCUCUCACCCUCCUUCUCGCCCUCCCUCUCACCCUCCUUCUCGCCCUCCCUCUCGCUCCUGCACAAGUCUAGUCAACCGCCCCCUUGCAUCGGCGCAGGCGGCGGCGCGGGCGGUGGCGCGAUGAACUCGCCGACUCCACCCCGUCCCCACACCGACAGAAGCAGCGGCGGCGAUGCUAUCCGUCGAUCUGCCACCAGUGGCGCGGCGCCGUCGCGUCCGCGCACCGCUGAAUUUUGCAGCAUCGAAAGCGGAACCAUGACUCGCACGACGCCACCGUCAGCGGCGGAGAUCAGCGCGGCGGCGUCCCCCGGGCUUCCGCCACUGCUUUUCGAAGCCGCGCCGCGCAGCCCGCACGUCGCCGCUGGGGACGUCGUUCCGCGGAAGGCGCGCGGACUGACGGUGCCUAAUCUCGUGAUUCGGGAGGACUCCCCUCGCGGAGCCGCCGGUUUUGCGGCGGUGGUGGCGGCUUCCGCCGCCGUGCGCAGCCCGCACGCGGAAGCUGUUCGGCGGAAAGCCGCGUCGUCGCUCGAGAUGGACGUGGAGUGGCGCGACGAAGCGCUGGCGCCUUUCGCCGCGGAGCCUGCGAUCCGCGCGCGCCCCUCGGCAAGCACAAGCGAAGGCGGAAGCCGCAACUCUACGGAAGGCGCACGCGGAACCUCAGGCGACGAGGGCGCAAAGGAUCAUCGGGAGCCAGUCGCGGCCGCAGCGGAAAGCAGCGCCGCCUCCGCGGAAAGCGGUUCCGCCGCCGGCGGAGGCGGUUACUCGUCUGACGACAGCAGCCUUGGCGGGGGGGACGUUGCCGGCGGUUGCUUCCCCCUCUUGCGCUUCGGCCACCACGGAGGGAAGCAUGCAGCGGCGACCGCGCGCAAGAUACUUACCGCCGCAGCCGGUUCCGCGGCGGCCACAGGUGUUCCGCCGCCUGCGCGCGGCGGACCUUCCGCAGGCCACUUCCGCGUGCGCGGCGGCGGCGGGUCGCGGUCGCACUCGGACGAGAGAUCUCCUCGCGAGACGAGCCGCACUGGCGAUGGCGGUUUAGCACUCUUCCGCCUCGAAUCAGUUUCCCACCGCCGACGCGUCGUCCCCUCGCCGUCCGCGGGUGUAUAUCGAGGCUCCGCAGCAGCCUCAGCAGCAGCAAAAUUCUUCUCCGCGCCAGCCGCCCCAUUCCCCCCAUCCGCCCCAUUCCCCCCAUCCGCCUCAUACGCCGCAUCCGCCCGCGACGCCCUCGCCUCGUCACGCGCCAUCCCCCCGCGCUGGACUGACCCGUCAUGUCGCGUCGUCGCCUCGAUUGAACCAACUCCCCUUCUCCUCCUCUCCGCGUGCCUCCACUGGUCCCCCUGGUCCCAAUCAUCCGCAUUCGCAGGAUCAUCAUCUGGGUCCGCCACAGAACCCGCCACUCCCCCUUCCGCCACUCCCCCUUCCGCCACUCCCCCUUCCCCCACUCCCCCUUCCCCCACUUCCCCUUCCGCCACUCACCUUUCCGCCAUAACUCGUUCCAAGUCCGCCCCCGGGAGCGUCCGCAGCUGUCCCCCAAGCAAAACUCCUGCCACAUCCCCUUCCCCCUCCUUUUCUCUCUCCCCUUCCCGCUCUCCUUCCCUCAACCUUUCCCCACCCACCCUACCCCCCCCGACCUCCCCCCGUGCGGCCCUGCCUUCUCUUUCCCCCUUGCCAUUCCGCCAACACAAGCCCCCCCCGUCCGGCUUCCCCCGUCCCCCACCCCUUACCACACCCGAGACUCAAACAGACCCUUCCACCUCUUCCCCCCAUUCCCCCACCUUCCCCUGUCUCAUCCCCACUGAGCCCUUCCCCAAUCUCCCCCCCAUCUCCCCAUCCAAGCCCCCCCGCUUCCCCACGCGUUCCCCCAGAAUCUCCCCCUCUUCCUCCAUCGGAGCCCCCUAUCCUGCUGCUGACAAUCCAGGAGGGGAGAGGCUGGGGGAAGAAGGAGAGUUAGUGCUGCUGCAGAGCCCAACCCUCUUCCCCGCACGUUCCCCCAGAAUCUCCCCCUCUUCCUCCAUCGGAGCCCCCUAUCCUGCUGCUGACAAUCCAGGAGGGGAGAGGCUGGGGGAAGAGGGAGAGUUAGUGCUGCUGCAGAGCCCAAACCUGAGGGAUGGGUUCGGCAGGGGAGAGAGGGGCGGCUUUAACUUUCUUUCCUUGGAUUCUGCCGCGCCUCAGGAAGGGAAAUUCCGGGAUCUGCGUGGAAACGAGAGUGGGAGAGAGGGGGUUGACAGUGGUGGUGGUGGGGGGCGAAGGGAGGGACUUAAACCCCGGGCCCACUCGUCGGUGUUCCGGCCUCUCUCAGUCACAGGCAGUCCGAGAGUGGAGCAAGUUGCACAACCACAGUUGAUAGGGAUGCACCAAGAUGCACAGAGGUUUACAGGGAUGCACCAAGAUGCACAGCGGCUGAUAAGUAUUGACCAAGGCACGCGGCACUUUACAAGGUCGCAUGUUGGGACGUCUCAAUACAUAAGAACGGCCGUGGACACGCGGCACUUUACAAGGUCGCAGAGUGAUGGCUGCAUCCCACUGCAAGGCACACAAACCGGAAGCCCGGAUGAGAUGUUAGGAGCCGGGGCAAAUGCAAGGCAUGGUGGUGAGGCGGGAGGGAGAGCUGGAAGGACGCAGGAAGGAGGUGCGGAUGGGCAUGGUUCAGCAGAAACAGAGGGCCCCUUUCCUCCCAAGAGCCCUGUGAAAUCGUGUUUAUCGCUUGGGGGUGAGAGCGGGAGUGGGAGUGGGUUGGGAGGGAGAGGCAGGCUGAAGAAGCAGGUCUCAUUCAACAAGGUGGUGCGUGUGAGGCGGUUUCACUCGUGCGAAGCUUUUCCGGACUUUGGCCUUGGUUGA